CCAUAAUUCACUGCAGAAACCUAGCCUGCAAUUUGACUGCAGUCGUGUCUUUGACUUUAUUUAUUCCGCUGUCAUGUUAAUGUUGCUCAUUCCUUUAACGCUUAUCAGCAUUUCUGCAGGUGACCCUUGUGUGGGUUUGAGUUUGCCUUCUGUGCUUGUAUCCAGACCGGAGGGGCAGGAUUACUUUGCUGUUCAGUUGGGUGGGGACCGUUCCGCAAUUGAGCAGUGGAGUGUCACGAAUGAAGAUGGAGGCUCAGUGAGUCCCGCUGUUUUAUCUCCGGAUCAUGUCUUCGAAUACAGUCCAUCUGAUUGUGACAAAACUAGUUACAGAGUGAGGAUAUCAGCUCGUUGCUCUGACGACCAGGUACACGAUAUCGAGUUGGAGACCGUUACCAUGGAGCCCAUUCCUAUUAACGAGAUGUCUACAUUCUUGAAAUCAGACUACGAUCAGCUACGGGGACAGGGCGCGAAUGAAGGAGACAGAGUGACCAUGACCUGCCAAACUCAGGAGGACGCUGACAGACUUUACGAUUUCCAACCCACCUACAUGUGGUUCAAGUUGGACUCGAUGGACCGAGACAACCACAAGAACAGAGUAUCUGGACCUAGUCCGGAUCUCAGUGAGUUGGUUGUAGACAGUGCUUCAUGUGGAGACGGGGGACACUACUUCUGUAAGAUCCUGCGAUGUGCUUAUCACACGAAGAAAACGGAUGCAUGUAAUAACAACGAUCUGGCAGUGAAGCUCAACACCCCUCUCCCAGUCACCACAAGCAAGUGCAGGGUAUUCGGGGAUCCUCAUAUCAUGACGUUCGAUGGUACCCUGUACAACUACAGGGGACAGUGUUGGUACGUGCUGGCUAUGGAUAAGGAGCACUACAAAUGGUUUGUGUAUGGUUACUUCUCCCCCUGUGGAGACAGGUCCCACUGUCUGGAGACUGUCUCUCUUGUUGCUAGGACUACUGACAAUCCAGGUGGAACCCAGAUCCAGAUGCUGAGAGGUUAUGGUGUCAACCUCCAAGGAGCGAAGACAUUUAUCAAACGAGAUACUCUCACUAAGUUCAAAGGGGUAGAAUUGCUCUUCAAGGGGGAUAAGAUGUUCUUGGAGGUGCCGGAGUUUGGAUUGAAGAUCAAAUGGGAUGGUUUGAUAGCAGCUACUAUCUACGUGGAUAAGAACACACCUACUAUGGGCAUAUGUGGGGACAACGACGGGGACAAGUCUAACGAUUUGAACACGUUUUAUGACGGAAAAGUUCGAAAUUCUAAUGAGUUCGUGGACGCCUGGUCUCUGGGACAAGCCGGUUGUCAGUUGAGCGGAGAUAUACCAGAAAUAGAAGAAGAAGAAAUCAGCAGUUUAGCAAUGCUACUGAGCAGGGGGGCUAAUCCUAAUAACUUCCCCAGUUUUGUACAGGAGUCGUACUGCAAGAAGACGAUGUACGGGUUCUCCUCAGGCCAGGCAAGUCAGCUGGCGACAAUAGCAGACAACCUCCCAGCGGAGAUGCUAGACUAUUUCGUAGACACCUGUGUUCAUGACACCAAGUUUAUUGACUAUGGGUGGUUCGAUAAAGUCAACCAUCAGUUCUCAGGUUGCGGUGCAGCCCACAUGCUUGCAGAAGAGGCGGAGGAACUAGGAAUCUGCAUUGAAGAGUGGGAGAGAGGAUCAGGCUGUCCUUCCCGUGCACAGAUCAGGAAGGAGUCUAUCAGGAUAGGGUGUGUCUGGACCGAGGAGGACUUGGAGACGGUUAGCUGGUAAUUAAAUGGAGGAUUGUGAAGAACUUGAGGCCUGUUAUAAUGUAUUAUUGUCAAACCAACGAGGUUACUACUGGUUUCUACUUGAGGCCUAUGUUCGCAUACUAUUUUGACUACCCCAGACUUACGUUUUUGAUAAAAUAUAUUAUUAAUUGUAUGAUUGGUAUACUAUUAUUGAAUAUAAUU